CACCCUAAAGGUUAAAUACUUAUUGUGGACCGAGACUAAGAACAAAAUCAUGAUUGGCUAUCGCCGCUAACUUUCGCCGCGCGGCAUAUUGCCGCGUUCUUUGUAUAUAUGGAAGUCAUUAUGAUAAAAAGUUUAUUACAUGUAAAAACUUUAAUAAAUAGUAAAAGAAUUUAAAAAUAUUUAUUUGUAAAUACUAUAUAAUAAUCAUUCGGUUAUAUGCUAUUGAAUUUUUACGCAGUACUUUAAGUAGGUUUUAUCCUACCUAACCUCUAGAUAAAUACUAUGGAUAUAGAAGCUUCUAUAGCUGAACGCUUACAGAAAUUAAAGCAAUGGCAAAUAGAACAACAAGAAAAAUUAUUAAAACAGCAGCAAACACAAAGGGAGAUUUUAAGUCAUGAACAGGACCAAAUUUAUAAAGUAUUUGGUUUACCAAUACAUGAGAUUGAUAUAACUGAAGAUUCAAAAAAUUUAUAUAUAAUGAACAAAGAAAUAGGUGUAGAAAAAACUGAUAAUACUUUAAUGCUUCAGUAUGAUACAAAAAAUUUGGAUAAUGUAUCAGGGAUAAUUGAUAAAGAAGUAUUAGCAAAUUCUAAUCUAUUGUACAAAACUUGUGAUGACGAGCAAAAUGAAUCAAAAUGCAUUUCUACAAUUGUUGAUAAAAAUAUAAAUUCUAUGGAAGAUUACAAGUGUAGUAUUUUGUCACAAAAAGAAGAAUUAAAUGAUUCAUCAAUAGAAGGAAUAAAGCCACUCUUGUCCAGUAAUACUUUAAAUAAGUAUGUUUUAAUUGAAGAUAUUCCUCUUUCUGCAUCUAAAAAAGAUUUUCAAAUGUUAUUAGAAGAGAAAUUGAAAAAAGACUCAGAAAUUAUGCCAAGUGUACAUAGUGACAUGAAAAUUAAGCCAAAGAAGCCAUUUCUAAAGAAAGGUCAAGGAUUGUUAAGAUUUAAAAUAUCUACAAAUUUAUCCUCCAACAACAAAAAAAAGCAUAGCACAUUCUUAACCUCCAAUAUACAUCUUAAUAGAAAUGAUAAAAGCAAGAAAUCUACUAUACACAAACAUGUACUUCCAAAAACUAAUGUUUCUGUUACAAAUGAAAAACAACAAUUGAACUUAAAUACUGUUUCAUUACCGAAAAGUAAGAUUAUUAAUAAAUCUAUUACUCCUACUGACCAAAUUAUGUAUAAUAUUAUUUCUAAUGAGUCAAAAUAUUUACCAGAAAUCAAAGAGAAUAUUACAAAUUUUUCAAAAUUUGAUUCAAAAAUAGAAAAAGAAUUAGAGGAAGUAAGAAUAUUUGAACUUUUGGAAGAAAAGGCAGAAAAUUCUAGUUUUUGUUCAACAUCAAGCACAGUACUUGCAUUUUUGCAACAGUCCACACCAUUUAAAAUAAAAAACAGAUUAAAUCAAGCACAAGCAAAAGAAAAGAUAGAAAAGCAAAAUGAUGAACAAACAAAUGAUACAGUUGAACAGAAGCCAAUAGUUCAACAAAUUGCACCCAUUCAAAAUUCAAAAUUGAGUAUACAAUGCUCAGAGCAAUUCGAUUUCCAUAAACAUUCUCAUAUUAAUGUUGCUACUGAUUUUUAUUGGAAUACUAAAACUGUUGAUAACGUGCAAAAAGAGGUACAGGACCAAUUUAUAUCUGUAGAUCAAGAAUUACAAAAUAAUGAAGCAUACAUAAAUAAUUUAAAAAAUCAUGAUACAUCUGUUAUGGCAAUAUUAUCAAAUGAUGAAAAGAAUAUUUCUGAAAAUGAUCAUGAUUUAUAUGAUACAUAUGAUAAUGAAACAGAUGGUAAUCAUCGUGUUAGAUUUUCAGAAUAUAAUGAGUGUAGAACUAUAGACAUAUCUGACAUGACAAAUAAUCCUUCUUUGAAGGAUUAUUUUGAGCAAAAUUCUAAUGAUCAUUCUGUUGAUACAGAGACGGAGUCGUCUAAUGUUGAAAAGUUGUCAUUUAAUUAUGAAGAACAAAUUAAUAAUUCUUUUCAAAAAAAUAUCAAUGAAAAAAUAGUUGAUAUUUCCAAUUCAUUGCAGCAAGAUGAAGAUAUGUGUUCUGAUAAAGAGUAUAAUUCAAUAAUGAAAGAAAUUGAUCAUGCAUCUGAUGAAGAACAAUCAAUUUUGUCAUCUCCAGCAUCGUCAUCAUCAUUGUCGUUAAGCAAUCAGCACCUAAGUACAUACAAAAAAACGAAAGUAAGAAGAAAGCCAGAAAAAAUAACGGAGAAAAUAGCGAAAAUAUAUUUGAAUACAAAAGAAAUUGAUCCUUAUUCGUUUGAAGAGCAAAUGAAUAAAACAGAUACUUUUGAGACAGAGAUUUUAAAAAGUAACUUAUUAGAACUCGAAAAAGAAAUAGGUAUAUUUCGAAAGGAAAGUUCAGCCUUAUUACUUCAACGUCGAAAACUACAAGCAGAUGAAACAAUACUACAUAAAAAAUAUGUGGAGAAAGAAAGGAAUUUUGAAGAAAAUAAAAAAAGAAUUCAAAAUCAAUUAGAAAACGAAAAAAAGAAAGUGGCACGUCAGAAAGUUGCAAUGGAGAAUAGAAUUCGUGAUGCACAAGAGAAGGCAAGGCAAAAUAAAAUGGAAAGACAAAAAGUGCAAAAUCUACAAGAACAAUUGGAACAAUUGAGAGCUGAAUUGAACAUCAAAGAGAGCAGAUGGAACGCCAUUGAAUCUAGGUAUAAAAGUGAACUUCGUGUAUUACAGAUAGAAAUUUCAAAGUUGAAACAAGAAAUUGUAAAUUUACAGAAUAUUAGAAAAAUAAAUGUUAAAAAUUUUAGAAAAAGCACAGGGCAAGUAAUUACAAAAGCUAUUAAUCAAAUUAACAAACGCGUCAUGGCUUCACCCAAAAAAUCUCCGAUAAAAAUGUGUCAAAAUUUAUCGGAUGCUUUAUUAGAUAUUUCCGUCCAUGAUAAUAAUGAAGAAGAUGCAUAUAAAGAUAAAAACAAAUCAAUAAAAUCGAGUGCAACUAAUAUGAAUAAUGGCUUUGGACAAAUAGAGGCUAAUAUAUCUUUAAAUAAAGCAACGUCUAGACGAAUUGAUAUUGAAUCGCAGUCUGAAUGUGAUAAAAAGUUCAGAAGAAAACGUAAAAAAAAACGACAUUUAUAUGAAAAUUUACUGAAAGAUGUAACAUCAGAUUUGGAAAGAGAAAAUCAACACCCGUUUGAUAUAAAGCAAAGUAUGUUGAAUGACUCUCAAUCGAUAGUUACGCAAAUACAAAAUUUAGAUAUGGAAAGCAACGAUAAAUCCUAUUUCAGUAAUUCAAACAAAGAGUUUAUGCAUAAAAUAGAUUGCGCUACGAAUAAUGUACAGAAUUACAUUAAUGGAUCACAUGAAGUAUAUCAUAACUUAAACGAAAAUGACAUAAAGAUUCAGGAUGGAACAUCAUUGGAGAAAAAUUUAUCUUCCCCCUCCUUACUACAAAAUAGUAAGAUGAAAAACAUUGUAAAACAGAUUCAAUAUUCUGAUGGACAUAUAGAGUAUUGGUAUCCGAAUGGUAAUAUCAAGAAAAUUUUCCCUGAUCAAGAAAUUACAAAAAUGAUUUAUUAUAACGGAGAUGUUCGUGAAACUGACAAAAAUGGAAAAAUAAAAUAUUUUUACUCCAUAACUCGAACAUGGCAUACAACUACUCCUGAUGGUUUAGAGAUUCUAGAAUUUCCUGAUGGUCAAGUGGAAAAGCGUAUGUCUGAUGGCACUGUGGAAGUGUUGUUUCCGGAUGGCGUUAUACAAUUAGCACAAACAGAUGGUACAGAGAAGUGGUUAUUACCAGAUGGAACAAUAGCACAAACUUUUAUUAAUGGUGACAAGAUUUUGACUUUAUCAAAUGGCCAAAGAGAAAUUCACACAAAUGCACAUAAGAGACGAGAAUAUCCUGAUGGUACUGUGAAAUUAGUAUAUGCAGAUGGUACUCAAGAAACGCGUUAUUCUAGUGGACGGAAACGGUUGAGAGAUAAAUAUGGUAAUCUUUUAAUGGACUUGUAUGAUGUAUAAGUUUUAUCAAAAAAUUUUUGUAAUGAAACUCAAUAUAAAUUGUAAGUCAAUGCAUGCUGAAUGCUGAAGUAUAUAUAAUAUAAUUAAUCACGUAUUAGCA